AUGAGUUUGCAACUGCUGCUUGAGGAAGACCCCGAUAAGCUGAUCGCACUGCUCGAGUAUGGGGCGACCUUUCCCGAUUACCCCAAGAACUUCACCCUCCCUGGGUUGCUCGAUCCCAACUAUGUUCCACCGAAUAAAUCUCGCCCUCUUGAGGUGCUCUGCUACUGCCUCGCUGCCAUUAGCACCAUCGUUGUGUUUCUCCGACUAUGGAUUCGAAAGCGAGUGAAGGGGAUGAUGUUUGGAUGGGAUGACUGGCUGAUUAUUCCUGGCCAGAUCUUAUCUCUGGGAACAAUCAUCGUUAUGGUUUUGCUGAUAAAAAAAGGUGGAUCCGGACAGCAUGUCUUUGAUGUCUCUUAUGACCAGAUUAAAAUGCUGCAAUUUUUAGAAUUCAUAGGGGUGAUGCUCUAUUUCCACGCUAUUUUCCUGAUUCGGCUUUCCAUCACGGCAUUCCUAUACCGACUGAUGGGCGUGGCGUCCAUGACCAAGCGAAUACUUCUGCACAGUACUGUCGUGUUCCUCAUCUUGGAGCUUAUCAUCCAAGUCUUCGCCUUUGUCUUCGCAUGCAAGCCCAUCUCGGCUGCCUGGGACAUGGACGUUCGACUGGCUGGAUUUAAGUCGAUCAAUCUGGCAUUGGAGAUAUUCGUCUUAACCGUUAUAUAUCUCGCUACGGACGUGUGGCUACUGGUUUUGCCUAUCCACACCGUAUGGUCUCUCCAACUUCCGCUUUGGACACGCAUCGGCGUUACCUGGGUCUUCGCUUUUGGCGGCGUCGCCUGCGCCGGUGCGGUUGUGAAGACGAUCUAUGUUUAUCCAGUGUUUCACUCGUGGGAUCCAUCUUGGAAUGGCAUCGGCUUCCAAAUCGGCGCCGUGAUCGAACUCGGGUUUGGCGCCAUCAGCGCAUCCAUGCCGGCCAUGAACCACAUCUUGGUCAAAACCAUCCCCACAUCACUCAAAUCCUGGAUUAACGGCAAGAGCCGAAGCCAAAAUCCCAGCACCGCCAACCGAAAGACAACCCCAGUGAACCAAUCGUUCCGAGACGUCUUUUCACGUAACGGACCGAACGUGCGAGCUCUCAAAACCUAUGACGAUGAGCCCACGGAGGUCGAGUUCGACUUUGGGUGGGAGUCCCGGAGGAAGGGAACACAGUCGCAAUGGAUGGAGCCCGGUUAUGAGGAUUUGGACAAGCAGGCAGGACGGCACCCGAUGAUUUCUAUGCGUGGAUUACCUGGAUCACAAACUGGACGUUCGGAUGCUAGCAGUGACUCCGUUUUGCCGUUGAAUAAGGCUCGUUAG